AUGGCGACGAAGAUAAUACGAAUUCUCCCCAGAAGUAUUGGGCGUCGUUCGCCGACCAUCGUAAGACACCUGUCUACAGGCAGCGCCGUAUUUCAGGAGAAAGAGGCACAGCCAUUCUCUUCUGAUGGACAUGACAUCGUUUAUGGACCCUAUCAUCUUCAGAUGCAAGACUCGCUGAAGAAAAUUAUUGACAAAGACAUUAACCCAUAUGUUGAUGAAUGGGAAGCUCAGCGGAAGUUUCCUGCCCACAGAGUUUUUAAAGUUCUGGGAGACAGCGGCUUUUUGGGAAUCACGAAGCCAAAAGCUUAUGGAGGCUUGGAAUUGGACUACUCGUAUAGUGCUGCCAUGGCAGAAGCACUAGGCCAUAUCAAUUGUGGGGGAAUUCCAAUGGCUGUGGGUGUACAGACUGACAUGGCAACCCCAGCUUUGGCAAAGUUUGGCAGUGAUUAUUUGAAGAGAGAAUUCCUAGCACCAUCCAUUUCUGGAGACCUUGUUGCCUGCAUUGGUGUAAGUGAGACCGGAGCUGGGUCUGAUGUUGCCAAUAUACAAACCAAAGCCUCUAGAAAAGGAGAUGAUCUCAUUAUUAAUGGUGGAAAGAUGUGGAUCACCAAUGGAACCCAGGCCGACUGGAUGUGCUGUUUGGUCAACACUAGUGAAGGAAAACCUCACGUGAACAAGUCUCUUGUGUGCCUUCCCAUGAACUUGCCAGGAAUCACAGUUGCCAAGAAUAUAAAGAAGAUAGGAAUGUGGUGCUCCGACACAGCCCAGAUUUUUUUUGAGGAUGUCUAUGUACCCAGGUCACACAUUAUUGGGGAAGAAGGUCAAGGAUUCUUGUAUCAAAUGCUGCAGUUUCAGGAGGAACGGUUGUUUGCCACAGCAACUUGUCUGGCUCCACUGGAGAAGAUGAUUGCAGAAACCAUUAACUACACCAGAGAAAGGAAGGUGUUUAACCAGCCACUGCUGAACAGUCAAAUCGUUCAUUUCACUCUGGCAGAACUAGCAGCAGAAGUGGAACUUUUGAGGUCGACCCUGUAUAGAACAAUAGCCCUGUAUGUAAAAGGACAGGACGUGACUAGACUUGCCUCCAUUUGCAAGCUGAAGGCCGGCAGGCUCGUACGGGAGGUGUCCGAUAAAUGUCUGCAGUUUUGGGGAGGGAUGGGCUACACCGAAGAUGUUAUAGUUAGCAGACUCUACAGAGAUUUGCGUCUGGUUUCCAUUGGAGGAGGAGCUGAUGAAGUCAUGCUGUCAAUCAUAUGCAAAUUCAUGAACACGCUACCCAAUCAGAGACGUCAGUAA